AUGGGGUUUGCAUCAUUCGUCCAAACACCAGUAAAUUGGUGGAACAAGAUUCCGUUUAUUAGAAACAUUUCAGUGACCCUUUUCAUGAUAAUUUUGCCAACACCAUUUGUCGCGAUACCAGGCAUUAUUUCGGCAAUUUACGUCUUUUUAAGCGUGUUACUCUCAGUCUCUUAUUUCAUAUCAAAAACACCUUUGACUCGAAUGUUCUCUUUUCUGAUGUUCCCAUUCACAAUGGCCCAUUUAAUAACUGUUAUAACAUGUUACUAUUUGAAUCUUAACUCACACUGGGCUUUAGCGCUUUGUGGUCUCGACUUCAAUAAAAUGGGAGACUUGGGAUACACUCGGUUUGUGAUGUCCACAUGCACUAUUUCUGCUGUUUUUAUCAUAUCAAUACCAGUGGCUUUGUCACGAUACUAUCCGUCCAAUAAUAAAUCAAAGAAAGCGAUGAAGUAUCUCACGUCAUUUCUCUUCUUUGUAUUGUCAUUUUUGCUGAACGCAUCACAUACCGGCGCUGCUCCAAUAUUGUUCUUACUCUGCUCUGUCGCUAUGUUCUGCAUUCCACAGAGAUAUUUUACGUACUUUUCUAUACCCAUCGCGUUCACUACUUUUCUCUACAUAAUACUGUGGACUUUCUAUUCAUUAUACGCGUGGGUUGCAUACAAAUUUGAUCUCUUUGGUGUUAAGGACUUGUCGUUGGUCGAUGAAAUCAUGUCGACUUUGGGCUUCACCAAAACACCAUUAAACAGUCGUGUCUACACAACAAUGACAUAUUUGUCGCAAUUGUUCUUUGCAUUUGCGUGUUGGGGAAUCAGUCAAGUGCAAGUGUUCAAUGCUCAAGAUGACGUGCCAGAAGGGUAUCAAAUAGUGGAUGAUGUGCUUCCCAGUACUCAAAAAGAGUCCACUUUCACUUCAAUUUACAUUGUCGCCAUAUGCUUAAAGUUCUUAACUAAAGUGCUUUAUUGGACUAAAGUGACACUCAAAACACUUUUAGAAGUUGUGAUCAACUGUGCACUUUAUAUCACUUUAGCUAUCAUGUUUUGUGUUGGGUUGAUCGACAUUUCAGUGCUUGGGUUCUCUUUCAUGGUAUUAUCUGUUAUCUACUUAUUCUUACCAUCUCGAUGGGUCAUGAAAUUAUGGCCAGUUCUGAUUGUAUUCACAUUAGCAGAGAUCGUGACAUUACUCAUUGUCCAAUUGGAUUUGAUUGAUAUCUCAAACGUCCCAGACUUUAUUGGGUUAGUUAAGUACAAUAUAGAAACAAAUAGUGAUGUCUACAAAUUUGAAGACACUGUUAUCGUUGGGUUGUUCUCUCGGAUAUUCUUACUUGGUGUUUCAGUGGUGCAAUUACUUGCAAAUGGAUUUGAGUCGCGGAUCGAGCAUAAUGAAACAGUGGUUGAUAUAGUGAAAUACUGUUGUGCUAAAAUUGUCGACUUCUGGGGCAUCUUCUUCUGUUGUGUGUUCAUAGCAAUGGCUGCUUUUCUUGAGAACAUCAAUAUUGAGUUAUUGUUAUACAUCUUAGCUCUCUUCAUAUUAGUAGUGAUUCAAACCCAUUUCAAAAAGUAUAAAAAGAUCAUCCGAUUUGUCCUUCCUGUUUUUGCAGUGAUUUUCUUUGUAGUUCUUGUAGUUCGGUAUUUGGCUCAACUUGCAGAUUACGAAGAUACAUCUUCCGAAGACUCUCAAGAAAAUACUGUUAAUGACUUCUGGGACAUUUUUACAAAGAUGAAUAGAAGUGAACUUGGGUUUAUUAAGUACACAACAAUUGGGGAAAGAAUAUUAGGGUUCCUUCCUAAUAUCAUUGUUAUUACAAUUUGUGCGAUUGAGAGUCAAUUGUUAAUCACUGUGCCACAAUAUUUACAAGAAAAGAGAAUUGAAAGAAGACGUAUUCGACUGGACCGAUCGAUGGCAGAAGGUGAGCAACUUGACGCAAAACAUGAAGAGAAAAAAGUUGAAAUAAAUGUCCAAGUUGUAACACCAAAAGCAGAUGAUGUUGAUUACCACAUCAUCGAAGUGAAAGUUCCUGGAAAGCUUCGAAGGUUGUCAAAUUUGUUUAUGAGGUUCUUGGCUAUAUACCUUCCACAUAUUGCGAUUAUAUGUUCAAUUGUUAUUGCUGCAUAUCCAGCUGUAUAUUCAAGUGAGACGGAACAGACAUGGGAUAUCUUGCAUUUGCUCUUGUUCAUAACAACAUUAGUUUCUUUGUUAUCCAAAAAAGGAUUUAACACGGCAACAAUUCCACUCAUUUGGGUUUGUAUAGUCGCACUUCUAUUCUUGGUCAUCCCCAAUUUCCAUACAGUCAAUGACUUCAUUGAUCAAUCUGGAAUAUUCAGUGAGGGAUAUAAAGAAUGGUUCUACAAAAUGAUUGGCUUGAAAACAUGUUACAUAACAUCGACACAUGUCGACAUUCAAUGUUCUAUGAUAGAUGAUAAUGCGUAUCCCAAUAGUUGGGCUAUUACAAAGGACUUUGUGAUCAUUCUAUUUUUAGUCAUAUUAUCAAGUACAUCAUACUUCUGGGGUGUUCACUACGAAAAAACAGCACCACUUGUGCUAUUUAAUUACACGGAGAUAUCAAAGGACACAGCACAAAUUUCUUUAAACAAGGUUAAGUACUACAUCUCCAAUUUCUUCACUGUCUUUGGACCAUUGUGCACAUUUAUAUUCAUUUGUAUAUGCUGUGGAUAUCACGGAAGUGACUUCCUUGGACUUGUUUACUUAACAAUAGCUUUAACUGGCGUAGUAGCAAAUCAGACUGUCUUAGCAACAUUAAUACCAAUCUCUGAAAUUGUUUUGGUAUCGCUUUUAAUAUUCAAUUCAAUAUGGACAAUUCCACUCUCUGGUGGACCUUUUGAGGGAAUCACUGGAUGGAGAAAUUGGGACUGGGAUACCGACUUUACUAUUAGAAAGUACUUAUUGUUAACGCCAUCCGGGUAUGGAGAGAUGUUGUUGGUUUCCCGUGUUUUGGACUCGGUAUGUAUCUUCCUCAUAUAUCGUAUUUCGUAUAUAUAUAGUGACGGACAUGCAAAUGAUAUUUACGACUUCUUAUGUCCUUAUUACUUCCCAGAAAGAGUGCAGACAUUCUUUGAUGUUAUAGUAAAGUUUGUGUUAAAGUAUAUAGGGCUAUUAUGUGGUAUAAUUGUUGUCUUUCUUUCAAUUACCAGAAAGGAUAUAUUCUCAUACAUCUACCUUGGAUUCACAAUAUACCUAAUCUUCAAAGGUGGAUACACAAAACAGUGGAGAGCGUGGAGAAUUCUUCAAGGAAUUAAUAUACUCGUGUUAGUCUUACAAAAUUUAGUAGUUACAUCAGCCCUGUUACAAGGAGUUAGAGAUUCUUCUACUAACGAACAUAUUAAAAAGCUGAUUAACUUUUCUCUCCAAGUUCUCCGAACGUUUGGGUUAAACUUGACAACGGGAAAAGAGUUUUAUAUUAAUGUAACAAUUUAUUUUAUCUUAUUAGCCCGAACGUGUCUUAUUAAACACCUCAGUCGAGCGUUAAUCAAAAUUGACGAAACGGAAGAGAUCGAAAAGGAAAAAGUCUUUGCUAAAACAAAAGAGUUGAUUGACUUAGACAGAGAUAAGAUUUUGCUUGAGCUCGAUAUUGAGUAUAAUAACAAAGUGAUGCGAAUGAGAAGACUCGAAGAGUUGCGUGUGUUGAGAAAGAAAGAUCGAUUGAGCGAUUACAACGACGCUGAAAUUGCUGAAGAAGCACAGUCGUUACCUUUAAAAACAGACACCAGAGGAAAUGAU